AUGUCAUCGCGAAGACUCGUGCCCGUGGCCGUUCUCGCGCUGCAGCUAUUCUCUCGAGCAAAUGGCUGCUCAGACUUCCUGCUAUCGCCUGCAGCGUCUCCGCGAAGCGUCAUCAGUGGCCGUUCGAUGGACUUUGAGGCGGAUUUGGACUCUGCACUUGAGGUGAUCCCAAGGAAUACCCAUUUCCAAGAGUUGCCUGUUUCUGGGUGCCCUGAUUGCCCAGAUUUGGAGUGGCAGAAUAAAUUGGGCUUCGUGGCGGCAAAUGUGUAUGGCGUGAAUGUGGCAGCUGACGGAAUGAAUGAGGCCGGACUCUCAGCGGCGUGGCUGUAUCUGGAUGCAACUGAGUACCCAAAUCUUGAAAAUGGAGUCGGCAACUUCAACAAGACCAAACCAGUCGUCACUUCGAUUUGUUCGUAUAUUUUGGGCAACUUUGCCACCGUGGACGAAGUAAAAAUUGGUCUCAAAAAGGUGCAACUCGCUGGAAUCAAUGGCGAAGUAGCGCAACAGCUUCUUCACGUGUCUGUUCCACAAGACGGCAGCGCUCAUUCGGCGCCACUUCAUGUCAGUAUCCACGAUCGCAACGGCAACAAUUUGGUAAUUGAGUUCUUGCAAGGAGACCCCAUUUUCCAUGAUAACCCAAAUGGUGUUCUUACCAACGACCCUCCACUUGAAGAGCAACUUAGAUUGCUAAACCAACAUUUCGGCGAAACUACGGGAACUGUCAACACAGAAAACCUCCUACCUGGAGGAUACGGAUCGACGGAGAGGUUUGUGAGGCUUUCCGUGCUGAAUAAAAAGAUUAGCGAGGGCUACAGCGCACCGUCGGUGCACGCUUCAUACGUUGAUGCCACCGAGGAACAGCGCGUAGUGUCGGAUGCUCUACAUUUACUAAACACCGUAGUACGUCCCCCCAUGGGGGAAGCUACACAGUGGUCGAUUGUGCGAGACCACAAACGACGUAUGCUGUAUGUCCGCUCUACAGCCAACCAGCUACUACGUCGCGUGAGUUUGGACAUGCUGGAUUGGGCAGAUCCUCACGCGCGGAGAUUAAUUCCCGUUUCAUACGGUAUUUGGUUCUUGGACUCGACAGUGCCACUACUUGACGACCGCAACGUCAUGCGUACUAAGGAUCUACCAGCGCGUUCUAUGGUAGAGGCUGCGCUCUCCCAGACACAAGAACCUGCUACGAACGAUCAGCUGCAAUUCCUUGCUGCCACUAGCCAAAUGCAACAGGCAAAUGAAGUGGGAAGUCUCUCUCCGGUAUUUGUCUUUGUCGUUGGAUCGGUCGCUGGUGGCAUGCUGACGGCGUUGCUGUCAGUUGGCUGGAAACUGAUCAUCACAGACUGCCUGCGACGUCAGAAUGGGUACAAACAGAUCGCUGAAAUUGAACUACCAGUUGCCAUGGAAAGAGUAUCAGUUUAG